GAUAUGAGUUUUUUUUAUUGGCAAUAAAUCUCUCCUGUUUGAUUUGUUAAACCAGAAUUUAUUUAUCAAUGAAACAGAACUAAAAUUGAAUUCUUACGAAAUUAACCUUUACAAAACACGUUGCAAUGCAAAGCAAUGGUUGCAGUCUGGGACUUGACAUAUGGUUGAGUCUCUGAGCGAGUGCUGUAUGUGGCAGGAAAUAACUAAGUGAUCGCAAUCCCUACCGAAUACAAGGUCGAGAAUAAUUUCCUUCCUGAUUGCAAUAGAAAACACUAGACUGUAAACAAUCUAACACGCUAAUCGAAUUGUAUUAGAUGAAAGAAUAUUUUGCUGUGCAAUUAUUGUAGAAGGUCAAACAUGAAAAAAAAUGUAAAAAGCCGACUAAUGACAUACGACACAAAUUAGGGGUUUGAUCGGUUAUUUUUACCGGAGUUGGCGUAAUUAUAGCCACAGGGAACGAAUACGCGUCAUUAGAAAGUCAAGGACGAUAAAACGGUAGUUGUGUUCCUUUGCAUUUUAUGAACAGGCUUGUUCAAUCAAUCACAACGCUGCGGGGAUACGCUACCGGUGACCAAUAACAGGACACGGCUGUGAUACCCCGAGAUCCCGGGAAGAGAACUUCAAUUUCCCAUUAGCAUUUUGGUAUUAGCAAUGCGCUGACAAAGCCACAUUGAUGUAGAUCCGUGGGCAGUGUGGAAUAUAAAGUUACGACCAUUAAAUAUCAUCGCAUUUUAUCUCAACCACUCAUGGAUACUGCGGUGGAUGUCUUUGCGGUAACAUCCACAAUGUGCGACAAGCGGGUCCAGUGAGUUGUCGAAAUGAUCACCAUAUCUGGGAAAAGUCGACGUAACAUGUAACAAGCCGAGCUAAAUAAGAAAACAUAAACAUCGCCGAAGCAGCGAUGCUCUGGAACUCAUGUUAUUAAGCAGACUUGGGUUGAAUUUUCUUUUUUGCGCGUUGGUACUUUAUAUUCUCACGAUCGACCUUGGUUAUGCGCGUGAUGGCACCAUCGUCAAAGUUGGAGUUGUCUACGAUGGUUCUGCCUCUGGCACAGAAACAGAUUCGCUUUAUGACUGGAGGGAAAUGAUGAGCUCACUAAACAGCCCUGAAGACAAGGUGGAUUUGCAAAUUAUACCGAUCUCAGUUCAACAAGUUCAUAUUCCGCAAUUAUUUAAAGUGUUCUGUAGUAGAGUGAUCAAUGAAGAUGUGGCAGUACUAGUAUUGCAUACAAACGACCGGCUCUGCCGCUACAUAGCAUCUCUAGCGGCCUAUUUCUGGAUUCCUGUUCUUGGGACAUCUUGCCAAGACCCGCUCCUCUCAGACAAGGAUGUUUACCGGUCAUUUGUGCGGGUCGUCCCACCGAGCACCCAGCAAUUCCGGGUUGCACUAGAACUUCUGCAAUACACAGGCAACUCCGAGGCGUUUGUGAUAGUUGGCGACGAGGUAACACAAGGCAAAGCUAUAGAGUUCUUUACCGAGAUCAGCUCGGUCGAUAUCAAGGUUGUGAGAGUGCACAAUGUAAGGCAGCCGGAGAUUAACGCUAUUUUACUGAAGAUCAAGGCGAGUAUCACGCGCGCUGUGUUUCUGUACUGUGAUUUAGCUACGGCUCGCGUCAUUCUCUGGAACGCUAGAGACUUCAGGAUGUUCAAGGAGGACUUCAUGUGGAUUGUUUCUGAAAAUGUUGUGCGAAACGCGGACGAGCUGUUCGCGUUUCCAAGCGGAAUACACGGGAUACGCGCCAAGGGCACAGACACGCCCGACACUUAUUACCGUCUCAGGCUAGAAGAAGGCUUCGCAAUCAUAAAGAGGACGUUUUCGUUAUUGAAUGAGGUGGAUGUGAGAAGAAUGUCCCGCUCUAGUGCGAGCUGUUUGGCUUCGGGACAUUGGCAAUAUGGGCGGGGGCUCGUAAGUAAAAUCAUGAAAACACAGCUGAAACACUCAUCGGAAAUAAUCAAGUUUGACGAUCGGGGGGACAGGGCUAAUUUCACCUAUGAGACAGUGUUCCUUAAUGAGGCGGUCGACUUCGACAAGUCCUGGAUGACAGUAAGCUCAUGGGUAGACGGUAAAAUGACUCUAGCUGCCAGCGAAUACCUUACUCCCAAAGGCAAAGGCGCGCUAGGCAUGCCGGUUCUGCGCGCGGCUGUGGUGGAGUACCCACCGCUGACCAUGAAGAGCGCAUACACCCCUUACAUCGGGUGCAAUCAGGGAAUCGAGUGCGUCGAGUACCGAGGCCCCGGCAGAGAACACUAUACUAAGUAUUGCUGCUAUGGCCUAGCUAUCGAUGUACUGAACUACGUCAAAACAGAACUAGAGUUUGAACCGUUCGUGUAUUUUGUCCGCGAUGGAAAUUACGGCGCUAAGAAUUUAACGAGUGGUGAGUGGAACGGGGUGGUUCGUGACCUCAUCCGCGGGGAGGCAGACAUAUCCAUAGACCUCAUGACCAACGAAGCGCGGUCAGAUGUAGUGGACUUUUCCCUCAGGUGGACUCAUGCUGGGCUAGCACUCCUGGUGCUGGUGGGCGAAAAGAACGUCGAACCCAUCGACUUCGCGUUCUUUGACCCAUUCACAUGGCAGCUAUGGGUUGGGAUCAUCGCUACCGUCAAUGUGUACCUGGUAGCGCUAUGGAUAGCGGACCGGCUUAGCCCGUACGGCUAUCAUCAGAUCAACAAGCGUAGCGUGGACAACAAGCGGCACUUCGAGCUGGACGGCAGCAUGUGGUAUUGCUGGGGCGUGUGCUUUGAUAAUCAGUUCGUUGAGCAACGGCCGGCGGCGUACAGCUCGCGCGCGAUGAGUGUGUGCCUGGCCAUGUUUGCGCUGCUGUGUCUGACCUCGUACACCGCGAACCUCACCGCACACCUCGUGUCAGACGACACCAAGCCCUACGUGACCGGGAUACGAGACAAGAAGUUCACGGCGAAGGAUUCUCAGAUCUCGUCUGGUGUGGUCAAGUCAAGUUACGUGGACUCGUACUUUGAACUCAAUCAGGACCCAGUCAUGCAGAUGCUAUUCCGGCGCAUGCGCGAUAACGGACACUUGGUCGACAACUUCACGGACGGUGUUAGAAGAGUGAAGAGCGGGGAACUCGACAUCUUCAUCAGUGAAAUCCUCUCACUUGACUACGAGGUCGCAAAGCAGAAGAACACAGGCUACCCACGCCUCCAAGUUGUGGGGGCUUCCAAGCCUUUCGCCGAUACUGGAUACUCAUACAGCUUCCGCAAGAACUCUACGUGGAAACCCAAGUUCGACUUAGUGGUCAACCGACUCAAGGCAGAGAACAAGCCAAGCGAGCAAUACAAAAAGUGGGUAUCAGCGGGGAAGAAAGAUGCGGAAGAACCACACGAGCAGCUCACUCAACACUCACUAAGCGGCGUGUUCUUCCUAGGCGCGUCACUCGCCAUCGUCGCCUGCCUCUUUCUUCUGGUCGAGAACAAGCUGUGGAGUAUGGGACUUGUCUACCGCAGCCUCAGGAAGUGCACGGAGACGUAUAACCGCGGCCGAAGACGCUUCUCGAACGAGAUCCACCGCAAACUACUCGAGUUUAACCGCAGAGAGAACCGCGAUUCUCAAGUGAUGCCUGAUAUAUCACAUUACAUGGAGGAACGGCGCAAAACCAUGGUAUCACUGCACUCGAUCUAUAACCCUAGGGCGAUCAAGAGUAAACUCAAUGAAAGGUUGGAUUCACCAACCAAUACAGACUCCGUGUAGUGUUGGCAUAUGCCAGACAAUAGUGGCUUGUCAGAGGACAUUCCGCGACACCAAAAACAAUAUAGGGGUUACUUUGCAAACUACGACGAGCACAUUGAUAAGAACGUCUAAUUUUCAGUUGAGGCUGGGCUGUUCUUACUUUUGAAGGCUAAAAAUGUUCUUAAGGAUAUUCUUAAAAUUCAAUGUAUAUUUAGUGUAUAAAUAUAAGACCCAAUGAAUGAAUAUGAGGGGGGAGGGCACAGCCACGCCCCUGCUGGUCAUUUCCCUGCAAUUUUUGAAAAUAUUAGAACUUGGUGUAAUCUGACUGGACGUUCUUAUAAAAAAGGUUCUAAUAAAAAAGAAAGAGUGUAUAUGGUAUGAGUUACUUUGCGAAGCGUACGACGGACACAUUUACGAUGAGUUACGUUAACUGCGACGCGUACGACGGACACAUUUACGAUGAGUUACGUUAACUGCGAUGCCUUCGACGGACACAUUUACGAUGAGUUACGUCAACUGCGAUGCGUACGACAAACACAUUUACGAUGCGUUACGUCAACUGCGAUGCGUACGACGGACGCAUUUACGAUGAGUUACGUCAACUGCGAUGCGUACGACGGACACAUUUACGAUGAGUUAUGUCAACUGCGAUGCGUUCGACAGAACCAUUUACGAUGAGUUACGUCAACUGCGAUGCGUACGACGAGCAACGUUAGCACCAGCAAGGCGGUUAAUAUUGAUGAAGUAAUGGUACAGCAAUAUAUCAGUUAGAAUUGGAAGCAUUUUUACUAAAGAAUUGUAGUUAUAUUACAGCCUAUUUAAUUAACUUGAUUUUAUCACAAACAGUAUAGUAAAACGUUGGGGUGUUAAGGUUAAGCAAUAAUUCUAAGCCCAGUGCAAGAGACGGCAGCAUUACUGACCAAAGGAGUCCGCAUUGGUGACCAAAAAAAAGAUAGCAUUGGUGACCAAAAAAGAUAGCAUUGGUGACCAAAAAAGAUAGCAUUGGUGACCAAAAAAGAUAGCAUUGGUGAC